CGAAUAUAGGUUUUAGAUUUCGCAGCGGUCUGGAAGAAACCUACGCAUUUACAGGGGCACUGCAACUGAGAUCAAAGUUCGAGGCUUGCGAUGGAUCUGAGCGAGGAUGUUAGGACGGCGCACAAGCGGACUUUUCUCAAGUUUUUCGAGCAAACUGAGUAUAACAUUGAUCUUAAGAAAUCAAUCGAAUUGAUGUUCACUCAAAAUCGACGGCGAUGUGUUGUUAAUCUUUCUCAUUUCUAUCACCACCGGGAAGGCACCGAUUUGGCUCGCAGGCUUUUACAAACUCCAAGCGAGUAUAUGCAGCCACUCUGUGACGCAGUGACUGACAUGGUGCGGAGCAUGAACUCUAAGUAUCUGAAGGAAGGAGAGCAAGUUUUGGUUGGGCUUGAAGGUCCUUUCGUUUCUCGGAGGGUAACCCCGAGAGAGCUUUUGUCUGCGUUUAUUGGUUCAAUGGUCUGCGUUGAGGGCAUUAUCACAAAAUGUUCUCUUGUUCGGCCGAAGGUAGUCAAAAGUGUCCACUUCUGUCCUGUUACUGAGAAAUUUACAGUGCGUGAGUACAGAGACAUUACAUCUAAUAUUGGCUUACCAACUGGUUCUGUGUAUCCAACAAGAGAUGAUAGUGGCAACUUGUUGGUAACUGAAUUUGGACUAUGCACUUAUAAGGAUCACCAGACACUUUCUAUGCAAGAGGUACCAGAGAAUUCGGCUCCAGGUCAACUUCCGCGAACUGUAGAUGUUAUUUUGGAGGAUGACUUGGUGGAUUCGUGCAAGCCCGGAGACCGUGUGGCAAUUGUUGGGAUAUAUAAAGCCCUUCCUGGGAAAAGUAAAGGCAGUGUUAAUGGAGUAUUCAGGACUGUUCUUAUAGCCAACAAUGUGUCUCUUCUCAACAAGAUGGCACACAAUUUACAGUAUUCAACUGAUGACAUGAAACACAUCAAACAGAUAUCAAAACGACAUGAUACAUUUGAUUUGCUUGCAAAUUCCCUUGCACCUUCAAUCUAUGGACAUUUGUGGAUAAAGAAAGCCGUCAUUUUGUUGAUGCUUGGAGGGAAUGAAAAGAACUUGAAAAAUGGCACCCACUUGAGAGGUGACAUUAACAUGAUGAUGGUUGGCGAUCCUUCGGUUGCCAAAUCUCAGUUGCUGAGGGCUAUCAUGAAUAUUGCUCCUCUAGCCAUAUCAACCACUGGCCGAGGUUCUUCUGGUGUUGGAUUGACAGCUGCAGUUACUUCUGAUCAAGAAACAGGGGAGCGAAGACUGGAAGCUGGUGCCAUGGUUCUUGCUGAUAGGGGAGUUGUUUGCAUCGAUGAGUUCGACAAAAUGAAUGACCAGGAUCGUGUUGCUAUCCAUGAAGUGAUGGAGCAGCAAACUGUGACGAUUGCCAAAGCUGGCAUUCAUGCAUCACUGAACGCUAGGUGCAGUGUUGUGGCAGCUGCAAAUCCUAUAUAUGGAACUUAUGACCGAUCUUUAACUCCAACAAAGAAUAUUGGGCUUCCAGAUUCUCUGCUGUCUCGUUUUGACUUGCUGUUCAUUGUGUUGGAUCAAAUGGAUCCCGGCAUUGAUCGCCAGAUUUCAGAACAUGUCCUCCGUAUGCAUAGAUAUCGCUCUGUGGUUGAUGGAGGCACAAGAUUAGAUGAAACUUCAAGACACGAAGAGGUAGAGGACUCCGAUACUGGCUCUUCUCAUUUUGUUAAAUACAACAGAAUGCUUCACGGGCGAAGAUCUGACAAGCGCGUCAAACGUGACACCCUCACAAUCAAUUUUCUAAAGAAGUACAUUCAUUAUGCCAAAAACAGGAUUCAGCCAGAGCUCACUGAUGAGGCAUCUGAACACAUAGCAACUGCAUAUGCGGAACUUAGAAGUGCAAGUUCAAAUGUGAAGACUGGAGGGACUCUUCCAAUCACUGCUCGAACUUUGGAAACAAUAAUUCGUCUUUCAACUGCCCAUGCUAAACUGAAGUUGCAGAGAGAGGUGCUAAAAUCUGAUGCUGAAGCUGCUCUUCGAGUUUUAAACUUUGCAAUAUAUCAUCAAGAACUGAAUGAAAUGGAGGAGCGUGAGCAAGAGAGGAUGAGGGAAAUGGAUACUGAAGCUGGUAAUAAUGAUGGAGGGAACACAACAAACAACAACGAUGAUUCUCCUGCCACAGCAGAUGUCGCUGAGGCGAUGGACGUAGAUGCCCCUCCAGCAGCUAGGGAAGGCAACAGGCUGAAUGCAUUCAGUGCUGCUCUGGGGAAGUAUAGACACGCACAACACAUCGAACAAAUGCCAAUUGCAGAUAUUGCUGGAGUUGUCAACUGUGGGGGGGAUGCUCCCUACUCAGAAGCCGAGAUCAUGUCCCUUUUGAAGAUUAUGCAUGAGAAGGGCAGCUUGAUGAUAUCUGAGCAAACCAAUGUUGUGUACUUCAUGUGAGUUUGUCCGCCAUAACUCAAAACUCAAACUCAAAUUCGCAUAGAACUGGAUCUGCUGCUGCUGCUGCUGUCUCCAUCAUUGGAUGAAUGAAGUAAUUUUAGUAGGACCACUGGCUAUGUAUCUGUAUUUGGAUGCUGUUAAGUGUAGGUUAAAUGUUAAACAGCUUUUCAAGAAUUGA